AUAUUAGUAAGGGUCUGAUUGGCAGAUAGACUAUUGAGACUUUAGAAGAUUUAACAGCCCUUAAAGUUAAUUUUCUCCAAUCAGGUUUUUACUAAAAGUUUAUGAUUUAAAGUCUUCGCAGCCCGUAACUGUUUUUACUUCUAUAUUUUCGUUUGUUUUCUAACAGCCAGAGAAUCAUGGCUUUUAAAGGACUAUGAGAAUCAUGGCUUUUGGACAGCAAAGAACUAUUUGAUCUUCGAAAACAGAGCCUGGACGCCAGCGGAGAUUCUUACCGAGGGUUUAAAAAUCAUGAUUAACCCGGGGUUCUUAGGAUGAAGUUCUUAACGGAAGUUAAGAAACAGUUUCUUAACUUCCGCUAAGAACCCCACUUUAAGAACUCCGGGUUAAUCAUGGUCUAAGUAAUGCAAAAGAAUGGCAUCUUGCUCAGAUAUCUACUACACUGUCUUGCUCACCGCCGUCGCUUAAACAAGAAAAUGUUGAUUGUACGAGAAUCAGAGUUCCCCCUGUUUGUUUACCGAUUUAAUCGAAGGUGUUUCCGUCGAAAGAAAAUCUAUUUCUAGCCACUCAGUAAAUAAUGAUCAAGUGAGCCAAAAAAAUUUCAGUUCAUAUUUUUCUAAUAAAAAAAAAAUCCGGAAUUCCUAAUUAUUCAGAAUUGAAUAGAAUCGUAGGUACGAACCCACCUUUACAACCCACAAGCAUUUUAUGUUUUACUGAUGCAGCUUGGCAUGCUACAUCCUCUAAAGCGGGAUGUGGGUGGAUCUUCAUCACCCAACAGGAUGAGCAACUCCACCAGGGUACUGCUACCUUUGAUAAUACCUCGUCUGCACUAGUAGCUGAAGCGUUAGCUAUAAGAUCGGCUCUUCUCAACGCCCUCGAAGCCAGCUUUACAAGAAUCUGCAUCAAGUCAGACUGUCAAGCACUUGUUGCUGCCAUCAACUCGAAGAAUCACCCGAAGGAUCUCUACGGAAUCUCACGGGACAUCGAGCAUCUAUCCCUCUGUAUUGGUUUUUAUUAUGUUUCCAGAAACUUGAACUCUUUGGCUGAUUCACUUGCUAAAUCAGCUUUGUACUUGGCUACCAUCAACUAUUCUUAGUUGGGCUGCAGAUUUUAAUAUAUGUUGUGUUGUGUUAAAAAAAAAAGGACUGUGAGAAAUAGAAUUUAACUCUUUUUUUUUGUUUUGUUCUUCACAUUCCCAGAAAAAUUAAAGAGCAUCUCUACAUCAAUUUAUGUUUCGUCGCAACAAAUAAAUUCAUUAGUACACAAUUACUCUUUAAUUUCUUUAGUUUAAGAUUCAUUUUUCAUUAAAAAAUUAUUUGGUGAUGUUAGAGAGGGAAGUAAAUUAAUUUAUUUAGUUUACUCAUAAACCAAGAAAACAACCAAACUUUUAAUGAGAUAUAACUCAAAACUUUUUCUUGAUAAAUUGAUUUCAAUAAAAAUAUUGAUAAUCACAUGUAUACAAUAAUUGCAUAUAUAUAAAUCUAGCAUACUUUUUUAAUAGUCUGAGCUUCUAAAGUUUUCGAUACCAAUCAUUUUUACAAAUAUUUAAAGUGACGGCCACAAUUUUUGAUGCCAAAAUCUCUACAUCUAAAAAAUAUAUAUAAAAAAAAAUUUAAACCAAAAAUCCUAAAGCAAAAGUCAUUAAUAAUAUUUUGUUUUAGUAAAUAAAUUGUAAUCUUAUUUUAAAUUUAAUAAAAAAAUAAAUUUGUUGGUUUCAAUUUUAUAUAUAUUUUUAAAAUAAAUAAAUAAAUUAUUUUGUUGAUAAAUUUUGAUUGUUUUUUUUUCUAAACUAUCCAAUAUAUUUUAUGAACUUGAAUAAAUAAAAAGCUAGAUUGCAGUAAAUUGGUAAUACAUUUUGGAAAUGAAUCAUAAUAUAUAUUUAUAACAGUCACAGUUUCUAAAGCUUUUGAUUUUAAUCAAAUUUUUAAAUUUUUCUAAAAUAACAGUUACGGUAUUUAAAACCAAAAUCACUACGGCCACAAUUUUAAAGUCAAAGUCUAAAGCGGAAGUCAUUACCAAAUGACCCUAAGUCAUAUUAACAAAGUUACUUCAAUCUAGGUCUGAAUUUGUCACGUUUCGUUUUAAUACUGCAGCUUCACAAGAGGAUAUGGCACAUAUCACGAUCAAGAACGUAAAAAGAGCAUGUAUUAAACAAACAAACAAAAUCUGGUGGCAGAAAAUAAAUCAUGGAAACGAAUCAACGACAUGAAAGAGAUGAAGCUUCGUCGUACGGAGGUCUUGGACACCGACGAUGUACGAUUGUCAAGAGUAUUAAUUAAUCUAAUCAGAGAGUGGCGAACGUAAUGAACACACGGGUGAGAUUUUGUGCGUGUGUGUGUGCCACAAUGUGUUACAUACUGAAUCUUCAAAAGGGUUUAAUGUGAUCAUAAUUGGAGAACGUGAGCCAAACCUGUCUUGUUCCAUAAUUUCACAACUUCCACGGUGGACCAUUAACCGUUUUGGACGUAUAUGAUUUCCGUAAUCUUCAUUGAUCUCCCGCUGCACGUACUUCUAUUCCAAACUCGUUUUCGUGUUAGAACUUUGGAGGAUCCAUUUUUUAAAGAGAUUCUAUACAUAUCAAAAUCAAAAUAUCAACAUAAACAACCACAUACAAUAAAAAACACUUUUUAUCAAAAUCAACAACAACCACAUAUAUGCACAAUGAUAGUGGUAUUAUGGUAUAUGAUUUUCUUGCAUGAUCUCGUUAGUUUCUUUUGUACCUAUAUUUUAACGUUUUAGAAUAUAUUUGAACGCACUUUUGGUUGUAAGGGCUUAUUCUUGACCAUAAUUACACAUCAAUUCUCCAUAUCUACCUUUAUCUACUAUAAACAUUUUGUAGUGACCAGAUUGCUCCAAUUUAUCGGUACUUUCUCCGAGUGAAUGUAGAUGCCUUUAAAUUUUUGUAGAUGCGUUUGGACAAAAACAUAUAUUGGAGUGGCCAUAAGAUAUGAUUGACAAAUACUUGGGUUUGAUUCAAGUACACCUGGACAAGAUUUACCAAAGUUCAAAGUUUAAGAUAUUUUUGUCAGAACAAAUUGGUUCUUAUCUUUUUACACAAAGAGUACAAAAUUUUCCAUUUUUAGUAUAAAAUAUUCUAGGGUUUGUUUCUUUUCGUUGGGUUAUCUUUUCAGUUUUGGUAAAGCUUUAAAUCUCUUUAAUUAGAUUUUAUUAUUUAUUUUUUGUCAGGAAAACCGUUGUUUGACCCUUUUGUUUUUUUUCAUUUUCAAGAAAUAAACAAACUCAUAACAAACAAUCCUGUUCAAUAGAAAAUCACUUUCGAACACUUAUAUAAAUCCAUCUCAUUGAAAAAAAAAGAUUUAUCAAAUUUUAAUCAGAAAGUUGAACAAAAAGUAAAAGCGUAACAAUUACAACUACAAUGGCUACGUCCAAAACCAUAGCGGUCAUUCUAUUCCUAAUAACGCUAGUUAAGUCUAGCAACGCGGCUGAGAACGCCACAACGCAACCGCUCGCCCCAGCCAUCCUAAUCUUCGGAGAUUCAACCGUGGACACGGGCAACAACAACUACCACGCCAAUGCCAACUUCAAGGCAAACCAUAUCCCUUACGGAGUCGACCUCCCAGGGAAAGUAGCGAGCGGGAGAUUCUCAAACGGAAAGCUAUACUGCGACAUCGUGGCCUCCAAGCUUCACAUCAAAGAGCUUAUUCCUCCUUUUCUACAACCUAACCUCUCAGACGCAGAAAUCGCCACCGGGGUUAGCUUUGCAUCCGCUGGCUCAGGCUUUGACGACCAAACUAUGCUCUUGACCAAGGCCAUCCCCGUCUCACAUCAACCUACAAUGUUCAAGAGUUACAUUGAACGUCUCAAAGGUAUUGUAGGGGAGAAGAAAGCGAUGGAGAUCAUCAAUGGUGCCAUCGUGAUGGUUAGUGCGGGUACUAACGAUUUCAUCUUGAACUAUUAUGAUUUCCCCACAAGGCGUCAAGAAUAUCCUCAAGUAUCUGAUUACCAGGAUUUCGUGCUCAAGAGACUAGAUAAAUUCGUCAAGGAGCUUUACAAUUUAGGGUGCCGAAAAAUGUCGGUGGGUGGGUUGUCGCCUAUAGGCUGUUUGCCGAUCCAAAUAACCUCAAAACUCACCAGAGGCAUAUCCAGAAGAUGCAUAAACAGUGAGAACAAAGAUGCUGUCUUGUACAAUGAAAAACUUCAAAAGCUAUUGCCUACUAUUGAAGCUUCUCUUCCAGGAAGCAAGAUCUUAUACGCAAAUGUCUACGAUCCUAUGAUGGACAUGAUCAAGCACCCUGCCAAAUACGGGUUUAAGGAAACCAGGAAAGGGUGUUGCGGAACAGGGGUUUUAGAGACGAGUGACAUGUGCAAUUCCGGUUCUAAGUUGUGUUCCAAUCACUCGGAGUAUAUGUUCUUUGACUCUAUUCACCCUUCCCUCGCCACCUACACUCACCUCGCUGGUUCUUCUGCCUACUCUACCAUAUCGAAGCUUCUUGAUGCCUAA